AUGACAUUCCACAAAUGGAUGGUUGCGCUUAGAAUUGCGAAGAAUGGUCGACAUUUGUUUGAAAACUAUCUUGAAAUGAGGAAGCAACAGAACCAUACCGAAUCUACACCAAUCAUACAACCUGUUAAAAUUGGUAUUCCUCAAGUUUCAUCACCUGCUACUUUUAUUCCUGAAUCUAAUCGCGAAUCCGUCACGGAUGUAAGGAGUCAUAGCGUAUCUCAUCCUCACCGACAGCAAGAUUUACAACCACUUCUGAACAUGAAUGGCAAUGUACGAAGUCUUGCUUCAUCUAAAAAUUCUCUGGGAAUUAACAAUGAUGACAGUUCGUCACCUCGUCAAAAUAGCAUCAUUUUUGAUCAGUGUGAUGACUCAAUGACGGGUACCAUCAAACGUGCUCCAUGUGAUUUAAUGAUGACAAACAGAAGACAGUCUGCAGUAACUAAUCACAGAAGUCCUAGCGAUGGGAUCGCAUCACCGAGUGGCCGUAGCGGUGGUACGAAUGACAGUGAUAGCGACGAAGAACAGUUCCCACCUCCACCUAGCAUUUUAGUUGCGACGGGUUCGGAUCAAACCGGUGAUUUGUAUGCAAGUGAAAAUAGGACUCCAACAGGGACACCAAUACCGAGAACAACUUUUGUCCAACAUGAACAUCUGCGAGAGUCAAACAGUAACCAACAAGGUCAAAACGCAAAUUACAAUGACAGUAUUGCGUCAGUCGCCUCUUCUAAUGGUAAUUACGCAUUAGGGAUGAAAGCAGUCUUGGCACCUGUGCCACCCAGCAAACCACAAUUAAUCAUGCAAAACCUGCGCAAUCAUAGCAAUGAUAACGGAUUAGCAUUUGUUUACCACAACUCUUGUCAGGCAGGUCGGGUCACUACGCAAGCACCGUUGCUUCUGAAAAAGGCACCACCACCACCACCACCAAAACGAUCCGACACCACUAAAUUACAAUCAACCAACGUGGAAGCUUUGCAUUCGGAAUUGGAAAUUGCUAUGGCAAGGAGACUGCAUAAAAUAAGUCAAAUUUGA